CCCAGGGAUGCCCGGCGGCAGCAGGUGGGAGCGGGGCUGUUGCUAUCAAUAUGGCGGUUGUCAGCCAGACAAAGACAGUCAGUCUGAUGUGAUUGAGACAAGCGAGGUUUUCAGGGGGAGACUGAGAGACAGAGGGCUACCCUCCCCCCUCUGCUCUUCCUGCGCGGGCCUGGAGCCCUCCUCAGCCCCUCCCGCAGGGCGCCCCGCGGUGCAGAUCCCCUCCCCCUCCCGUUUUCCUCCUCCCUCCCUCCCUCAGCCUUGCUCUGGGACGCUGGGGAGGGGGCUGAGCCCGGGUGCAGAGAACUCAUCUGGGUUUCCGAGAAUGGUAAAUACGGCUGGCCGUCUCUGGAAAGGCCACUGAUCUGCCUCAUGUAAAGUAUGCUCAGUUCCUUUCCAGUGGUUUUGCUGGAAACCAUGUCUCACUAUACAGAUGAACCCAGAUUUACCAUAGAACAGAUAGAUCUACUCCAACGUCUUCGGCGUACUGGGAUGACCAAACAUGAAAUUCUCCAUGCAUUAGAAACUUUGGACCGUCUUGAUCAAGAACAUAGUGAUAAGUUUGGAAGGAGGUCCAGCUACGGGGGAAGCUCAUAUGGGAACAGUACCAACAAUGUUCCAGCAUCUUCCUCUACAGCCACAGCUUCCACGCAGACCCAGCACUCCGGAAUGUCCCCAUCACCCAGCAACAGUUAUGAUACCUCCCCACAGCCUUGCACUACCAAUCAAAAUGGGAGGGAGAACAACGAUCGAUUGUCCACAUCCAAUGGGAAGAUGUCGCCAUCUCGCUACCAUGUAAACAGCAUGGGUCAGAGGUCAUAUAGCUUUGAAGCCUCAGAAGAGGACCUAGAUGUAGAUGAUAAAGUGGAGGAAUUAAUGAGGAGGGACAGCAGUGUGAUAAAAGAGGAAAUCAAAGCCUUUCUUGCCAAUCGGAGGAUUUCCCAAGCAGUUGUUGCACAGGUAACAGGGGCUACGUUAAGUAUGAGGCCUGCCCCAAUCCCAAUAGAGGACCCUGAAUGGAGACAAACACCUCCCCCAGUCUCUGCCACACCUGGAACCUUCCGACUCCGGCGAGGGAGUAGAUUUACCUGGAGAAAGGAGUGCCUAGCUGUUAUGGAAAGUUACUUCAAUGAGAAUCAAUACCCAGAUGAAGCAAAGAGAGAAGAGAUUGCCAACGCUUGCAAUGCAGUCAUACAGAAGCCAGGCAAAAAGCUGUCCGACCUGGAACGAGUUACCUCUCUGAAAGUCUAUAAUUGGUUCGCUAAUAGACGGAAGGAGAUCAAGAGGAGAGCCAAUAUCGAAGCAGCAAUCCUGGAGAGUCAUGGGAUAGAUGUACAGAGUCCAGGAGGCCAUUCCAACAGUGAUGACGUGGAUGGGAACGACUACUCCGAGCAGGACACUUGGCAAGCACGCAAUGGGGAGGAGGAGGAGGGAAGAAGUUCAGAGGGAGGCAGAGAAGCAGAGAAGGAUGACAGCACGAGCCAUAGUGACCACCAAGAUCCCAUCUCACUAGCUGUGGAGAUGGCAGCCGUCAACCACACUAUCUUGGCAUUGGCCCGGCAGGGAGCCAAUGAGAUCAAGACAGAGGCCCUGGAUGAUGACUGAUCAGGGAGGAUCACACAGUUAACUUAGUUUAGACGUAGCACCUUAGCAGACUUUCCUCGGUCCUUAACAUGUGUUCUUACAGUAUAACUUACAGUUUCUUGUAUGUCAGGUAGCUGUUAGGGUCUUGUUCUGUGAAGAUGGCAUGGUGCCCUCAGCCUUUGCAUAUACUCUCUCAGUAUUAAAAUCCCAGUAAGUAAUAACCAACCAACCAACCAAACAUCCCUCUCCCAGCCCCUGAGGCUAAAAAAAUCUUGCUGCUCCGUCUUAGCAUUCCAAGAAAGUGCUUCCAGGUAUUUAGAUAACCCUCAGUUCUCAAAUAUUAGGCUCUGUGUAAAAUCUUGGGUACCUUUAGAUUCAUGUAACACUAGGCUGUACCCCGUUCCUGCCCCAAGACUGACAGGAUGCAAGCUGAGGUAGUGGCACAGGACCGACAGACACCAUCCGGGAAGUAUCCACGGAGCGCAAGGAACACUAGAGCCCCGCCUCAGCCGGAGAUUCAUUGAUUCAGCUGCAAUAAGCCGUGCCUCCUAGUCACAGCGUGGCUAGACUAUCCUCCUUUGGGUGCUGUGCUAAGAAUGUCAUUGGAAUCCCGAGCUCAGAUCUUGGUUAAUGUUAACAUGCCUAACACAGACAUCCUUUCCUCUCACAAGCUGUGUGACUUAGUAGAUAACAUACUGCCUUCUGCCUUUGGGACCACAAUCCUAAAACAAAAAAGACAAAAAAAAAAAAAAAAAAAAAAAAGUUCUGAAAAGCAAAACCCAGCUUGAGAGCAAGCAGUAGGGGAAGCAUGAGCUGAAUGUCGGAUGGCUGCUAAGCCUAGUUCUCAGAGCCACUAUACAUUCCACAGCACGGUACCAGCGCCUGCCUGGGAAAGUGCUGGAGACACCGUGCAAGUUGCUUUGCCUCCUUUUGGUGCCCCCAACCUACUACCAAAAAAGUCUCUAAGGAUAGAGGUGAGGUCAAAAGUGGGUGAAAGAUCAGGCUUUGUAACCAUCACCUGAAGCCUACCCAGAGUUGCUAGGACUGUAUUGAGGACUGUGCCGACUCGGCUGUCACAGAUGCAGAUCCUUGCCUAGCUAGGGGCAGAAGAAGCAGGGGUCAUUUACCACUUAUGUCGUGAGUGUGUGGGACACAGCAGGAUGUGUCUGCUUUGUUCCCUUUACUCUGUCCUUGUGGAGGUGUGAAAGCUAUAUUGCUACAGGCAAUUUAUUUAAUAAUUGGAAGCCAUAUUGAUAAUGGAUGUGGUAAUAUUUGUAGUUUAAUCUACUUUAAGCGGCAGUAACUAAUGGAAUUUUUUUCCUUGAUCACAUAUGUAGCACUUUUGUUACUUUUUAAAGAUAUUUAUAUUUGAUAAAUCUUUUUUUCAUUUUGAGAACUCAAAAUACCAAACAGUGAACUUGCGUUAUAAAGUCACCCUGUGAUCACCUUGUCACCCAGUAGCAAAAUGAUGAACUAUUCAUGCAUCAGAGGAAAUUACAUCUGCUGGCCUUGUAUGAAAAUGAUCCUGGCAACCUGAUUAAAUGACAUACUGUCACUGUGGGUAAGAAGAAGCAGUCUUCAGUGUGUUGGCACAGUGUGUGUCUGAGAGAGGCUAAGUGUUUUCUGCCUCAUCCAAUCUCUCCUUUGUAUGUCUGACGAAGCCUUGUUUGGAGGGCAAUGUGGAGUGGGCCAUUAAGCGGGGCUUCCGUCUUUUUGUCCAUUACCUGAACCAAUUUCUAAGAUAGAAAGUAAGUACCGUCUCCUUACCUCCUCCUUCCUCACCAAGUGUGUUUAACUUCAAAGCUGUUGAGAGAGGCGGGCACACCGACCCUCAUUUUCCCCUUCUCACUGGCUGGAUACUCAGUAGCCACAGCAUUUAGCUGGUCUUACUGGGGUACACUCUGACUGGAUUAUCCUUUAGGUUUAAGUCUUGGUUACAUGAAUGUGAGGAGUUGUCUUUGAGGGGCCUGAGGAUGCUACCCCACCUAUGUUUGUGACUUUGAAGGGUGCUAGGUAGGGGCUGGUCCUGCUCCUGUCCAUGGAUUUCAGGGGGAAAUUGCAUUUUCCCCAGCUCCAAAAACUGAAGUAAAAUGGAGCCAUCUUCUCUUACUGUAGUACUUGAACCCACAAAUUUAAGAGUAGCAUUUCUUAUUCUCAGGAACGAGCCCCCCCCACACACACACCUAUUUAGAAUCUUCAAUGGUUUAUUUGUUUAUUUGGUUCUUUUUUUUUAAUUUCACUUUUGAGAUUGCGUUGUCUUUCCUUUUGUUUACUAAGAAGAAAUAUACCUAUUGUGUCUUGCCAUUUUGGUCGACUUUUAUCUGCUUAUUCUCAGUUGAAUUAGAAGAACAGGAGGUGGGGGACCAUAUUUCUGUGACAAGCCACAUCCAUGAUUUACCAUGAGAUUAUUAUAAUUGACAACUUCUUUAUGGUGCCAUUGCUCUUGUCAUUUGUUCUCGCUUGCCUUUUUGAAGGAACAGACUCCGGCUGUUAAGACAGCUCAAGUUUCUAAGGGAACUCUGGCUGCAACAGAAAAGCAAAAUGUUCUGUUGUCCUAAGACCUCCCUUUGAGAGAGAGAAACGCAGCAGAGGGUACCGAGCUAUGGCUGGUACAGGCAGUGCGAGCUCUGUAGCAGUUUGGUGGCACUGGAAGAGCACAGCUGCCACAGAGGCCGGCUCUGCUGAGCUAUCUGGAAGGUCUGUUCACUAGUCCUUCUGCUGGAGAUGCUGCCACGUGCCCACGGACUCACAGCCUUACAUGGAGCCUGUGCUAUCUGACCCACACUAGGAAUUUGCUUCUUGGGGAUCAAGGUUCAAAUCUACCAUCAGGUAGUUUUCUGGGGGUCACCAGGUCAGAGUCUACUUUUGUGUCGUGGUCCCUGAGUUCUUGGAAUGGCUUCAGACCUGCCACGUUUAUUCCGCUUCCUUUGGACAGUAAAGCUUUCCUUAAGCUUUUCCAGGUAUGUUAUUAAAUUAGAAACUUAAACUUCCCAUGCUGAAAGGAAAAAGAGCCUGGCUCCUAGACUCAUCCGAUGUGCUCCUUGCUUGCUGGUCUCUGCUCUUACCUCCUUCUGUACUUCUGUGGGCCUAGAGAUCUCUUUCAGGGGUUGUGCCUUCCUGACCAAUGAAGAUGCUAAAAGCGAUGAGGGAGGGGAGCAGACAUUCCUAAAGUGUACUGUGAUUUUGUUGGUUUUUUUUCAAGUACUUUGAGUUACUGUUGCUGGAUAGGAAGGUAGCUUCCCACCUUCUAGUACCUUAUAUGAUGACCUGUUAACAAAGAACCAUCUUAAGAUAUUCCUGCCUUUCUGAAGACAAUCGCAGCCAGCAGCUGAGCAGCCAGGAAAGGCAAUACAGUGCUCUCCUGUGUGUGACUAUGCAGUGCCCUCAGAACCCAGGAGACAUGAUGCACGGCAGCCAAGUUUGUGUUGAAUAAUAGUACAUGAAUAAGGCAGACUACAGGAGGAGGGUACCUGGCAUGGGAAAUGGACAGCCCCAUGGUUUCUUUUACUCCAACUCAGUAGGUGUCCUUAGAAAGACAUGAGUGAGUUGGAAGCCUGUUUGGACUACUGUAUUUCACUCCAGAGCUCUAGUUCCUGGGAGGUUUAUCAUUCAGCCACACCUGUUUUUGUUUUUGUCUUUUUGGAGCAGGUAUUGGCAUUUAUUUUUACCUUAUGGGGAUAGCACACAGAGCUCUGAUACCGUUGUCUCAGCUCUCUAGCUUUAGGAAUUCUUGCUUUAAACUCUUCUUGGAUACCCGUUGUCAGGCACCAGUGCUAGCAGACCCUAGUCCAUCAGGAUGCUCCCAUCACUCUUUCUGACUCUGCAUGGCUCCUUUUCCUUCCACUUUGUGUUUCAGCACUGCAUCUCUGUCUUGAGAUGUUUUCUCUCAUCUGCCCUCAUCUCAAUGGGUAGCGUUAGUCCACCUCUGAACUUGGACCCUCCUUCCUGUUUUGGAUAGCUGAAACUCCAUCUGCCAAGCCUAUUACCUUUGUCUACACUCUGAGAAUAAUUCCCCUUUCCAUAAUGACGUCUCUAGCCUGUUCUAAAAGUUUUCUCUUCAAGUCCUUACUCUCCCUGGUCCCAAAAGGGAUUUGGCUAGAAGCAGAAUCACACCCCACACCCCACACCCCACCCUUUUGUUUUGUUUUGUUUUUUGUUUUUGUUUUUGUUUUUUUUGAGACAGGGUUUCUCUGUGUAGCCCUGCUGUCCUGGUCUACUCACUGUAGACAGGCUGGCCUCAAACUUAGACUUGCCAACCUCUGCCUCUGGAGUGCUGAGAUUAAAAGUGACAUUCCCGUUUAACACAACUCUACUGUUAAACUGCUUUUGCUCUCUUGUUAAGAAAACAGCAGCCUGAACUUUUCCCAUGAGCCUCACCAAGUUCUUAGGCAAUAACUUUUCUUAUGGUCAGUGGUCUUGUGCUCAGUGGCUCUCUGUCUCCUGCAGUGCAUCAGUCUCUGUCCAUCUCUGUGACAUCACCUGUUACUAUGAUUGUCAGCUAUGUUUUACUACUGUAUUCACUGAGGCUGUACUGAGACCAGCCAAAUCCACUUACAGCUUUACUGAGCCAAACUUAUUUUUUAAGAUUUCCCAAGUGAAGGUUGGACACGUCCACCAGUUCAGCUGUGCGUGUGUUUGAGUGGGAGUUGGGUGGAGAUGCACCGGGGCCGGGGUAGAAUCACACAUGCACAGCAUUUCCUCCUUUGUAUGUGCUCGAAUGUGUCGUGCGUAUGCAAGUAUCCUUACUCAGGAUUGGGCCACCGGUUGUCAGCCAUACUGAAUUUAGCAAACUGAGCUAUAAGCUCCAAAGACCCUUUAUCAUUUGUCUCUGUAGCGUGUGUUAUGACUGUAACAGUGAGCACCAGGACAGCUGUGUGGCUUUGUAGGGUCAGCAACCAUGGAUGGCCAGCCGCUUUCUAAGACUGUCAUGGUAGCAUGUGCUCAGAACAGGGGCCUGUCCUUCAUCACACACCCUCCAUUUCAAAGAUGGCAUCACUUAAGAAGAGCGAUUUCCUUAUUGCACCAGAGAGCUGACAUACAAAGGCAGUAGGGAAGGCUUUGAGACCUGUCACAUCAUCAGACCAGUGUUCUGGUUGCAAAAGCUCCUGUCUUACAGAGUGUGUUCCAAAAGGCUUUUCUCAGAACGGUUUGUUUCUAAACUGAAGGGGAGACACUACUCCUCAUGGCAGCUUACAGGACUGACAGAUGCUGGGAAAUGAAGCCUUGUGCUUAUCUAUGGACUGUUAGAAGCUGAAGACUGAACAUUGAGAGGUUUGUGUCGCUACUUCAUUACACUAUCUUGGUGGCUGGGGGUGGUAAGAAAAAAAAUCAGAGAAAUCAGCUAGCAACCUGAGCCACCCAUACCUCCACAACACUGGUUUUCUUCUUUAACCAAGAGAAGAUGAGACCGAGGGAAGGUUCAGCUGUCACUGUCAUCUUAUCACCAGGGUGGUUGCCUUGAGAGUCCAGAUGUAUGUCCCCAAGCUGCUUUAUCAUUCUUGACAUCCAGUCAGAACUAAGUCUAGUUGGGUCCAUCCAGCUGAGAUGUGAUAGCCUCCUUCUUUUGGUGGAGUUCCCUCCUGCCCCUCCCACCCUCUAACUCUAGCCCUUGUCAGGUAGCAGGGGAACUUUGCUUCCAUCCUUGACUGACAAACCCUUUCUGUGGCCAGUCUUCAGGCUGUGCAGCUCCAAGCACUGUUGUUGAGGAACCUGGUGCCCCACUUAUAACACUCAAGAGGCCAGCUCCCCUGACUCCAUGUCCGUCUUCUCUAGCUUUAAAUAAGACUGGCUCCGUACAGCCAUAAUUAACUCGCAAAUUCAUGAUGGUGUACUGUGAUCAAAUGAAGGUUUGGCUGGAUCUUUUUUUCAAAUUGUAACCAUGGUAAUUGAGGGGGGUGGCAUAGAAUGAAUAUAUAAAAGUAUAAUGGCAAUUGUUCCGAAUGACUGAGUGUCCUUCUGACAUGUAAUUAGUUGUUUUAGCAGGAUGUGGAUUGGCAUGGUCAUAAUUAAGAGGAUUUCUGUCCUUUAUGUGAUUGAGAAUAGCAGGGCACCCAUGCUUGUUCCCUUUGAGCACUAAUGCUCCCAAGAACAUUUAGAACAACAGCUCAGUAAACCAAAAUAAUGACAUAGGAUUUGUGUCCCACCCAAGUGAGCGAGGACCGGGAAUCAUUUCAGGUCCACAAUGGAUUGCUUACUGCCUGCACCUGACAUCCAAAUUCCCUGAAACCUCGUGUCCAGCUUGAACCUGUUCUACUUUGGCCGGAAACUAGUCAGCAAACUGAAGCAGCCUCCAGGACCUAUCCUCCCGCUAGCAGCUAGAGUGCCUCCCUCUGGGGAUACCUUCUAAUUUACUGGACUUCCUGGGAUUUUGAGGCUUUUCCUUGGAAACUUGAUUAUUUCCACUGCCAUGACCAUCAGGAAGUAUUCGCCACACGGAAGUUUACAGAGUUGAGUAGUGGUUUCCUUAUGGGACUGUGAGGCCCAGAAUAAACAAUGUGACAAGAACAGGGACCAGUCAGCCUGACACAUGAAUGUGUGGACUUGGGCCCCAGGAUGUGUCUGCACACCCCUGCUUGCUCAUAUCAGGCUUGUUUGGCUAGUAUGCCCCCUAGUGCCAUUCUGCUGUCUUCUGAAGCCAUGCUCUCUGUCCCCCACUUUGUUUUCCUUUGUGCACCUAUGCCUUCAGGCAUCAUGCUGUCCUCGAAGCCUGUGGCGUCCCCACAGCUAGGAACUGUAGGCACUCGCUGGUCCUCCAGCUGAUGCUUAGUUUUGACUUUUUUUCUUUCUAGCCAUCCUUUGCAGGAGCCUGGAUUCAGUUAGAGAAUCAGAAGGGUCCACAGGAAUAUGCCAGCAGUGGACCCAUGCUAAGUGGCCUUUUGUAAGCCCUUUCCUGCCUGUGGGGCUCAAGACUUAGGUGAGAUUAGCUGGAGUCCACGAGCCCUGUCCUUUUUCAGGCUGGACACUGCAGGUUUGGUUGGUAGCCAUGUACGUGUCUUCACCCAUUCUACAGACUGUGUCCCCUCUCACCCAGAACACUAGUCAACCAAGAUUUUGGCUUUAGCUGUAUCAUGUGGAAUGGCUGAGAUCAAGUACUUGUCUAGAAGGGUCUAGAGAGCGCUCUUCCCUCAGCGCACACACACACAGGUGAGGAAAAGAUUCUAUUCCUGGAGAUGCUUUGGGUGGGAUUCCUCCCAAAUACUUUCAGUGAGAUGCAUUGCAAGUGUCCUGGAAGAGUGGCCAUUCUGUAAAAGUCACCUUGUGGCCCCUUCCCCCAGCCUGCAGGUCAGAGGUAUGAUCCCUGAGACCUGUGGGCUUGCUGAGACAGCAGAUUUUUAACCCUGUCUAACUUUCCCAGCUGUUGAGCAUAGCUAUCUCCGUUAGAGUUUCGGUUUCACUGCCUUCUGAUUCCAUUCUGAAAAGUCACUAGUGAGCUACUUUUGUGAUUUGUACGCUAAGUCCUGCACAGCAGCAUAACAAUACAAUUGCCUGUGAGCAUUUGGGGGAACAGAAUUGGCAUCCAACUAGAAGUCCCUAAUGUUAUCUCUUGAGUGCACCAACCAUGAUGUCCCUCUACCACAAUCAGAAAAGAAGUUAAGGGCAUUGUGGAAUCCAAGGUUCUAGUGUUCUGGUAUGUUCAUGGUUGGUAGUGCCACCCUACCAUGGCCUUGGCUCCUUGUCAACACUGACUGGCCCAUAAGUAAAUGCCUGAAGACACCCGAAUUUAGGCCUAGAAUAAGAACUUCUUAAUAUCCAGAAUCCAGGAACAGAGCACGGUGCCUCAGGGUCACGUGCAGGCUUAGUGACUAUUGGUCAGACACCAAACAAGGGACAUCUUCAAGAUAACCUGCUAUGCUCCUCUCCCCACCUUCUUUUCUAGCUCUUUUUCACAAAAUUAGGUUCUCCAAGAGUUGGCUGGGUCCACUGUCCUCUUCUGAUCUGUCACAUCAUGGGUAGCCUUAAAGCCCAAGAGUAAAAGUAGUCAAGGAACAACAAGGCUGAAGGACCCAAGCAGGCUGUCUCCUGGGGCUGCUGACACCUUGUUACACUAGCUGCCCUGUGUGGUCUUAACACUGUCCUCACUCUGCCCUGAAACACCUUGAUCUGGAGAGAAAGAGUAUGUGUGCCUUUCAUUUUUGGUAGGAUCAAGAUUUUGCUUCUCUGUUGGUGGCCAAAGGUUCGUUGCUCCCUCCAUGAUUUAACUUCCCAGUGCUUCCAGGUCGACUCUCUCCAGUCUUGUUUUUGUACCUUCCAGAGCCCAGGAAACCCCUCCCAUUUUGCUUUACUGGAACUAAGAGCCCAGCCUAAACCUGUGAGGCUGUCUGUCCAUUCCAUGGCUCUCUGAGGCCAUUAGACUAGAAAACCAAAUGGCAUUAGAGUUGUAUGAACGCAGACAGCAGCCACUCUGCUGCUUUUCUUCUGUGCCCUGUCUGCAGGCAGGGAGGUGCCUGUGUGAGUCCCGUGUGCUGAGUGAGGGUGAGUGCUUGUGGCUGCUUUCAGAAAGCAAUCCCCUUAUCAUUUGCCUUGAUGUCCACGUUGACUGUAUUGAAAUCUGUGGGGACCUCAUCUCGCAUCUCUGAAAAUGGGCAUCAGAAAAACAAAACCAAAGUUCUCGGGGUGGGUAGAGCUUUUUCUUUCCAAGCACUGGCCAUUCUGGCAAGCUUUCUCCUUCCUGCUCUUUGGUUCUACCACACCACCACUAUGAAAGCUCCCUUCUUCUCUCAGUGUUUCUCACAGUGACCCUGAACAGGGUGUCAGGGUAGCCUGCACCUCAUCGGGUACCAAUCAGGGACCACAGUGACCAAACUGGCCCGAGCCAGCACAUAACUUCCCUGGCUGCAAGGCAGCACACUCUCUGCUGGAAGAUGCCAAGAGUGUGGCAGUUGCCUCUCCUGGGAAGAUCCUACAGCCUGCUCUGAGAUCAUAGGCUCAGUCUCCCCUCCAUGGCCAUGGUUAUCUCGAGUCUACAGUACCUUCCAGGAUAAAAUUCCCAUUUAUGUUUAAGUGCCUAAGCAAGUUAAAAACCUCUGGGACCUGCCCGAGAGUUGGCCUGUGCCCUGUCCUGUCCUGCCCUGUCCUUCCCACCAUGCACCCCACCUCAGGGUGGGCAUUGUGCACCCCCACCCACCCAAUGCCCCUGCCGUUCUGCAGGCAGAAUGGUCAAAAGGACAAGCAAGGGGAGAGGGCUGGCUUUGUCGCUGUUUCCUAUGUUCCUUCCAUUGAUGUGAUUGUGGUCUUGGAUUGUAGGGAGUUUUAAGGAGUCUACUUAGCUAGAGCUGAGUGGAGUGGCUACUGAGCUUAGAAGCAGGAAUGAGACCGGCUCUGAGCAGAAUUCUGUCAGCACAUGAGGGACAUUUCCACUCUGAGGGCUGGCAGGCAGGGAUCGUGGCUGAUACACCUGUGCCCUUUUGCCAUCAUGAGUACUGGAACCCUGGCUGCAUCUACAGCCCAGAUACCAGGGAGCCAGGAGCCAAGGGCCAUCAUCGGUAGAGUUGUAAUAAGAUCCAAUGUGCAUUUAAAAAGAUGAGUUUUCCAUUAUGAAAAUAAUUUAAGUCAACUAGAUUCAGGCCUUUAUUUAUAUGGGGGUAUAGGACAGACUAGUGACUGUGCUGUGCUCUGUCGGCAUAACACACAAGUGAUGAGUGGGAAAGGAACAGUCCAUAUACAGGCACCUUGUUUUCAUUAAUAACCCAAGAUUUCUUUUGCUCAGAUGGAGUAAGUAGUGCAAGCACUGGGAAUUUGCAUGAAACAGGCAUGGAUGACCUUGCCAGUAAAACUGCCUCACCUAGAGAAGGGAAAGAAAGCUGUGGGUGAGUGGCCAAGUGGUGGUGAAAAUGAGGCUACAUGGAGCAUGCAAACCAUGCUGCCCCUGGGGAGUGUUGUUAGCUUUGCUCUAGAUGCAGCAUCCAUGGUCUACCAAGCACCUGUCAGGCCCGGUGUCACUGAGGAGUGUCAACCAGAUGCAUGAUAGAGGGAGGCCAGCUCUGAGUCAAGAGCAUCAAGAGGGCCGGGGUUCUGGGCCCUGAAUGGACUUGAACAUUCUAGCAAGAGCUGAAUGCUAAAGAGUAGCAGCCACUCCUGCUGGAGCACAGCUUGUGUAGUUCACUGUGGGGCUGGGAACAAGCUGGCAUGGCCAGCUGGGAAGCGGAAAGCAGGCGUCCGUCUGUGUUUUGACCAGACACCAGGGACCAGAUGUCUGGAGGUUGCCUGCAGGUAUUCAGCAUGAUGCCAGAUGAGUGGGGGAGGGGCAGAGCGCCCUCCUGGCCUUGGCCAUUGUCUUAGUUUCUGUGUGUUUCCCUUUGGUCUCUGUCCCCAUCUUGUGUGCCAUGUGUCCCUGAGGGUGUCACACCUAUGUCUGAGUCUGCUGUAAGGUGUUCAGUCUACCUCAAGGGGUCAUCAUGGCAAGCUCUGUCCACAUGGAAUCCUCCUUACAUGCCACACACACUGGAAUGUAUACCGUCCCACCCCCAUAACCUCCUGACCCCAUCUUUCCCCGUAAUCACCACAGACUCCUAGUGCAAAUUGGAUGCUGCUUUAAAUGUGAAAAAAUUGUUCAAAAGCUAUAAAAUCUGAAUGAAAGCUAAAGCUGAAUUUAUAAGCCUUGUUGCAUAUGAGCCAAAAGUGCAAAAAGCUCUAUAUAAUGAACUAACCUGCCACUCGUAUAAAUAUAAAUAUAUAUAAAUAUAUUAAAACCAGACUGUUCUACAAAAUUGUGUACUUGUAUUUUUGUGUACGUACAAUUUUCUGCUAAGCAGAAGGAGGGUGUAGUAUAGGGCGCUGUGAGAAGAGAUUUGGUUUAAUCCCAUUUCUUUGUUACUUAUUUUUGUUAACAUCAGAUGCCUGUCUUCGUCGUCUUCUCUGUGUAUGACACUGUUUGGAAAGCUGCAGUAUCCUCCUUCAGGUCAGAGUCUGUGAUGAUAAAGCUGGGACUCAAUGAGGUGUCUUGGCCACCCAGCAGAGAGGGGAGCAGGGCUUGACUCCUAUCAUGCCCCUCAGGUGCCAGAGGUGGCCCUGAGGGAGGGAAGUGGCUUGCACCCUGAGGCCAGGCAUGGCAUUCUGACUUGUCUCUGGGAAGCAAACUCCCCUUCUAGAAACCAAUUUCCCAGAUGAGAUCACUGCAUACUCACAGACCCGAGAAGCUAGGGGAGGCUCUGCCUGGCAUAGCACCCAGCCCCCUGGCUGUCACUGGGCCUUGCCCCCCUUCCAGGUAGCUGCUGCCUUUUCAGACAAGGUUACCAGAUGCCUCCCCUCUUGGAGCUGUCACCAGACCUCCUGUCCUUGACCUGGAGCAUCUCAGAACCCACUUUGCCGGUGCUAAACAGGAGAGGGUUUAGAGUGGCUGCCAGUAAUGACCAGAACCAACCCAUCAGAGGCCAAGGCAAGCGUGGGUGCCCACCUCUGCCCAGGUCCCCAGCCCCCUCCUGGGCCCCUGGUGGAGCCUGCUCUAGGAAGUGAUACUGCACCUUCCCAGUAGGACUCGGAUAAUAACAGUGUGUGAUGACUGUAGCAAGAAGCCCUUGUUUCUAGAUGUAAAUGGUCAAAGAAACAAGUGCUCUACUGUAUUGAUAAAUAGUUCCAAUGAGUCCUGUUUCAUUGUAUCUCCUAUUCUGGAUUAGUGCCUUUUGGACAGUAGACUGUUCUGUAAUUAAAAUGUAGUAUACUGCUUUUUUGUACAGUUUUGUUUUAAUAAAACUUUUUUUUAAUUUGUGUUUAUUUUAGUAUUGUACCUAUUAGAGAAUAAAAUGUAUAACUGA